AAGAAGAAGUAUCCAUGCUUCUUCUACCUCUGCUUCUCUUCUCAAACCUAUUUGUUAUUCCAUUUGUGCUUCUGUUAAUUUUGUUAUUUAAUAAUUUAACAUUGAGAUCUUCACCAUCAGAAGCUUCCAGUCUCUUUCACCUCUCAGGUUCGAUUUUACCCUUUAAAUUUUGGCACCCAAUCUCUCUCUAACUCUAUCUCUCUCUGCAAUAACUGAAGCUGGCUCCAGUACCACCCACCUACUGCUUUCUGCGUCUGCUCACUGUUUGCUUCACAGAUGUUGAGUUCUAAGCUUUUGAAUAAAUGCUGCUUGGAUUAAUUCGCCUCCUCAUUCACUCUGAAUUAAUUUGUGGCUGCCUUUUGUGCCUGAAAAUUGUUUUAUUUGCUCUGAAAGAGGAUUCGUUGCUUCCAUUUUUUGCUGUUUCUGUGAUCAUGGACUCGAGAUUGAUUAGGGGUAGGGUUUUCCCCAAAAAGCCCUUGCUGUUGAAGGACUUUUUGUUGGAUAAUGAUUUUGGGUCGUGUUCUUCCAAUGGCUUCAAAUCGUUCCCCCGGAGGCAAUGCUGCUCGUCUCUCCCCUUCCUGCACGAAUUCGAUUCGAAGGCGAAGAAGACCAGGAAAUUAGGUCGAUCCAGUUUCAGCCAUUGCGCCAUCUCCGCGGCGUUCAGAAGCGUUUUCGCCGCCGCCGUGAAGCGUCUUCCUUUUCCUGGCGGUUCCGAGUCGCCGGAGAAGAAGAAAAUUAUAACAUACUCGUUUCUGCCAAGGAGGAUGAGGAGCGGUUUCUGGAGGAGGAAGCCGGCGCCGCCGCCGCCGCGGAUCGAGCGGUGGAAAUCGUUCGAUCAGCUGUUGAUGAUGGAGGAUUGCGGCGCGUCUAAUGGAUCGUGCCGGUGGCCGGCGGCGGUCAGCCGGUUCGCUGCGGCGGCGGCGGCGGCGGCGGCGGAGGAGUAUAUGAGUGGGAAUGCUGAUUUAGACGACGGAUGUGCUGCCGGGGAGGUAAACGACGUCGUUGAGGAUGAUAAGACGGCGGAGAGUGGCGGCAGUGAAGAAGUUGCUACAAACGACGUCGUUUUGUUGGAUUCAACCACCGCUAGUGAUGCUUGCAGUGUUGCCACCAACUCCCCAACCAACCCAAAGAUGAAGCAGCAAUGGCCAAGCGAAGAGAAGGAGCAAUUCAGCCCGAUGUCUGUCCUCGAUUAUUCUCCCUUCAACGACGACGACGAGGAGCUACUUUCGUCUCCUUUCCAGCAACGCCUUGCUCGGAUGGAAGGCACUAGAAAGAAGCUCAUGAAGAAGAUCCACAUGUUUGAGAGCCUUGCCAAGCUGGAACCGGUUAACCUAGCCACACGAUUCAUCGCCAAACAUGAUUCGGACAGCGAGUCCUCCUCAGUGAUCACCGAGAAAUCAAUAUCUGAUCUUGACAAUCAAUGUGAAGACACUGACGAUAAAGUGGAGACCAUUGAUGAUGAUGAUGAUGAAUGGUUAGAAAUAAAGGCAACAGAAUUGCUUUGCCAAAUUAAUAAGGCCAUAGCGUCAUCUUAUUACAACAAUGUCAAAUUGAAUCCCCAAAAAAUGUUGCUUGAUUUCUUUAAAGAAAGACUACUUUCCAAUCAAGACAAAGGGAUAAUAGAAGAAGCAUUCGAUUGGAUGAUGCAAGGGCGACGCCGCGGAGGAGAAGCAACAAUAGAGUCGGAUUCGGAGAAGAACAUGCAAAGCUAUGUAAAGGACAUGGAAAGAGGAGGACAAUGGAGAACGUUGGAUCAAGAAAUUAAGGAGGUGGCUUUUGUGUUGGAGACUGAGGUUUUUGAUGUCCUUUUGGAUGAGGUUUUAAUCGACAUUUUGGCAUGAUUAAGUUUGUAAGAUUUGAGGUUGUUUUUGGUCAUUUUAAGAUGACCUUAGGGAGAGAGGGGGAGAAAAUUAUGUCAUUUUAAGGUGUCUAAUUAGUACAGGUUAUAUUGUAUUUCUGUCUGGAUUAAUAAGUGCAGAACCAAUUUUGUAGGAUCAUAUCAUAUUCUGAAACCUGGGAUUGGAUUGGAUAAGUUGUACAAAUUAUGAUAAUGGCACAAUAAUAUGAAAAGCCCAUUAGUGUUG